AUGGUGAAUUACAUCAUGUCUCAAGCACUUAAUUGUCGACUGUUUCAAGCACUUUUUGAUGAGGUUCAAACACAGUAUGACACUUUGCUUAUGCAUAAUAAUGUCCGAUGGUUGAGAAGAGGACGGGUUUUAGAGAUAUUUAUAAGCUGCUUGGAUGAAAUUAGGCUAUUUUUGAAUGAAAAAGGGCAGGAUUAUCCACAGCUCACUGAUAUGGUCUGGCUUAAUAAUGUUAUGUUUUUUACAGAAUUUACACAAGACUUCAAUAUACUGAACAAGCAAAUGCAAGGCUUGGGAAAAACGGCAGAAAGGAUGUUUUGCGAUAUCAAAACAUUUGAAAGAAGACUGCAUGUUUUUGAAAGAGAACAUGCAAGUAAGCAACUCAAAUAUUUUCCAAAUCUAAAGAUGUAUGUAGAAAAUUCUAGACAAUUUGCAUACAAUCCUUCAAGUCAUGAAGAAAUCUACAAGGAAUUUUCGAGCAUUGUAGCAGCUGUAAAGGAGAAUAUUAAUGACAGAUUUCUACAUCUCCGUCAGAUGGAAACAACCAUGUGUUUUCUUACUUCUCCAGAUAAAUCUAACUUUGAAGAACUUGAUCUUUCUUGCUUCAAUGGUUAG